GUUAUCUACCAUAAUAAUAUGAUUAUAGACGACUAGUUGCAUUUUAAUUUAAUUAGGUUUCUAUGCACGCAAUUUGGUUACUUGUAAAAUAUUCAAUGGUAUGACGACCAUAGACAUAAAUUAUGAAGUGGGGUGACGUCUAACGACCUACGGGUUACAACUUUCAACUUUGCAAAAGACGAACAUAAUAUUAUAGUAACAGUGUAUAUUGAUAUUUGAGACUUGAGUAGGUACUACCAAGUAGGACAACCAAUCACCAAUAAGCAAUGACGUUAUGACGACAAUUGUGUUAAAAAAAUAAUACUUCACUUUAAUAUAAAAAUAUUAUAUUAUUGUCCAUGUUAUUUUUGUGGCGUUUUCUAUAAUGGUGGGAGUCUUCAGUCUUAUCAAUAAUUCUCAUUGAUAAUUGAUAUCGAUUAUCGAGCGGUCCCGGACCCCGGACCCCGUUCUCGGCUAGAGAAUUACUGACUAGUGACUACUAAGAAAAUAUAUUAUAUUAUUAAUUCUCAUGUCUACUUAUUUUUCUAUGUAAGGAGUACGGUGAAUACCGAUAAAAAAUAAUUAUACACUAAAUUUAGCAAAUACCAUGGCCAUUGGCUAAACAGCACACUAUAAUAUCGGUUCUCAUAAUUCGUCCUCGGUAUACAUUGAACAAGUACACUGAAGACUGAAUCAACGAUAUGUCGUCGGUAGACGGUGGUCUGGACGACGAUACAAGUGGCGUGCCCGAGUAUGGCUGGAAAGUGGACUUUGAUCACCAGUUCCCUGAUCCCAGAACUCCGAAUUACAUACCAAGGAUUAAGCAGAUCUUGCAGUUGCUACCACUAAUCAUUAGGUAUUUAUUUUACAUGCUAUUAUGUUUUUUAAAAGGCCAGAAACCAAUAAUGGAUUUUUUUUUUCCAAUUAAGUCUAAGCACAUGUAUGGUGUACCUUUAGGUGGUAUUGGAGGUGGAACCAUUGGCCGUGGUUUUAAAGGAGAGUUUUGUCGUUAUCAAAUUGUACCUGGCAUGUAUGAAUAUGAAACUGUUCAAGCAAAUCAAUUUAUAAUUAAUAUUCAAAAUAGCGAAAAUAUUACUGUAUACAAUAAUGUAUUGUCAUGUUUAAAGUGCAACAAUAAAACAUUGUAUAAUUGGAAAUGGGAUUUUCCAUCAAAUCAAUGCAAGUAUACCGGCCUCUAUCCAAGAUCAUGGACCGAAUAUUUGAUUCCAGAAUUUAAUAUCAAACUAAUAUGCAAGCAAAUUUCACCUAUUAUACCACAUAAUUAUAAAGAUAGUUGUAUACCAGGUGGUGUUUUUAUUUGGUCAGUAGAAAAUAAUAGUAAUGAACAAUAUUCAGUUAGUCUAACAUUUACGUUUGCAAGUGGGAACGGCAUUUCAGCAUAUAAUACAGACCAAGCUAGUUGUGAACCGUUCAACUUAAACGAAGAUGGUAUUGAGGUUGCUGGUUCAUUGAUACACAAUUGUUUUAAAGAAAUGAAGUGUACUUAUGUUAUUGGUGGAUUAAUAAAAGAAGGUACAGCUUUUAGUCAGUUAAAUUUUGAUCCAAAAAGUAAUGGCAUGACCAUAUCAAAAAGUUUAAAUUUAUUUGGAGAAUUGAGAGAUAUGCAAUUAGGGCAUAGUAAUUUAUACAUGAGAAAAGAAGAAGUUGCUAGUGCUGUUUGUUUAAAACAAUGUUUACUCCCUAAUACAUCAGUGACUUAUGAAUUUGGAUUAUUUAUAGACAUGCCUAAAAUUAAGUUCCCUAAAUCAAAUACAGAAUAUUUCAGGUACUAUACCAAAUUUUUUGACAAUAAUGGAACAGCCGGUCCUAAAAUAAUGCAUUAUUCAAUGCAAAAUUUUAAAAACUGGGAAAAAGAAAUUGAAAAUUGGCAGAAUCCUAUUUUAAAUAACUCAUUGUUACCUGACUGGUAUAAAAGUGCUAUAUUCAAUGAAGUUUAUUUUGUAGCUGAUGGUGGAAGUGUUUGGUUGUUACCUCUCAAGGAAGAUUCUGAACGGGUAGAUAUUACAGAUCCAAGAUAUCAAUAUGGAUAUUUUGGGUAUUUAGAAGGCCAUGAGUAUCGAAUGUACAAUACAUAUGAUGUACAUUUUUAUGCAUCUUUCACAUUAGCAAAACUGUGGCCUAAACUACAGGCAAGUAUACAAUACAUGUUUAGAGAUACAAUUGAUAAUUCAUUGAAUAUUACAAGAAAACACUUGUCUUGUGGUACUAGUGGCUUACGGAAAUAUAAAUAUAGUGUACCGCAUGAUCUUGGUGAUCCAGAGGAAGAUCCUUUUAACUUAGUGAAUGCUUAUUUGGUACAUGAUGUAUCAGAAUGGCGUGACCUUAAUUUAAAGUUUGUUUUACAAUGCUACAGAGAUUACAUUAUGUUUGGUGAUAACAAGUAUUUGGCUGAUAUGUAUCCUCAAAUAAAAAAUGUGAUGGAGAAAUCAUUGACUUGGGAUACUAAUGGUGAUGGAAUGAUUGAGAAUUCUGGAACAGCUGAUCAAACUUUUGACACUUGGAUAAUGACUGGCAUAAGUGCGUAUUGUGGAGGUUUAUGGUUAGCUGCUCUUUAUUGCACUGUUCAAAUAUCAAAGAUUCUUAAACAAGAAGAUAUCAGUGAAAAAUAUUUAUCUAUAUUAAAUAAAGCUAAGGAGUCAUUUAAUGCUGCUUUAUGGAAUGGUGAAUAUUUCGAUUUUGAUUCGUCUGGUCAGUAUCAUUCAAAAUCAAUUAUGGCUGAUCAAUUAUGCGGGGAAUGGUAUUUAAAAUGUUGUGGUGUAAACGAAGAGGUGCUCCCAGUUGACAGAGUUAAAAAAGCUCUUCAGACAAUUUACAAGAUGAAUGUGCUUGGAUUCAAUAAUGGAAAAAUGGGAGCUGUGAAUGGCAUGAUGCCUGAUGGAAAUUUAGAUAUGUAUUCUGUGCAAAGUGAAGAAGUUUGGACAGGAGUUACUUAUGCUUUGUCCUCUUUAAUGAUUUCUCAUGGUAUGCAUGAAGAAGGUUUCAACACAGCCAAGGGUAUUUAUAAUACUGUUUAUAAUAAUAUAGGCAUGGCGUACCAGACACCAGAAGCUAUUUACUCUAAAAACGCAUAUCGUUCUGUUGGUUACAUGAGACCACUGAGUAUAUGGUCUAUUCAAGUUGCAUUGGAUAAUUUAAACAAAGACUAACUAUUAAAAUAGUAUUUCAUUUAUGUUCAAUUUUAUAUGAUGAACUAAAAAUAUUUUUAAAUACACAGCUCAUGUAUUACAUAUGCAAA